AAUAAAAUGCAGAAAGAAAUCAGAAAAACUGAAUUCUGGAAACCUCACCAAGUUGAAAUAGAGCAAUCUGCAGCUCCAGGCAGAUAUGAUAUCAAUGUUAGCGGGAAACAUGAAAGUCACAACCAUGGAAAAAUACCUUUUGGUUCUGGAUCAACAAGGUUUGGGGAAGAAUUCCCUCAAAUAAACUGUUUGCCUGGUCCAGGAAGUUAUAGUUAUAAUUCAAAUACAAUAAAGGCUACUCCUAGUAAAGCUCCAAAAUUUAAUCCAUUAAAUGAGAGAGGAGGAUCAACAAGAUUUGAUUCCCCUCGUGGAAGUUUGAUCUCUCAUCAUUCUAAUGAGAUGGAAAUGACUGCUAAGCCAAAGAGAACUCAAAUGAUUAGAAAAAGUCCAAUGAAGUCUUCAUUAUCUCCCUUGACAAAAGGAAAGCCUAAAAAUUUUAAGUCAAAUAAAGAAAUUGAUCUUAGCCCAGGAAAAUAUGACCCUAACUAUAAUUCAAUUCAAAAGAGCGUUCCUUCUAUAUCUCUCGGGCCGAAUACAGCCAAGAAUAUAGGAUCAAUGAAAAAUUAUAUGGAGAGCUUUAUUAGGACAAUCCUCCCUUCUGCUGAAGAGGCUGAUCCGCAAUAUCAGCUGGAUCCAGUAGAAGUAAAACCAUCUAUAGCAAGUAAAGCUUUAAAAUAAUAAAGGCAAUAGCAGUAUCUUCACAUCAAAGACAAUUAGAGGGCUAAAGAUCUCACAUACUCCUGGACCUGGAGCUUACUUAAGCGAGCACACUGGGAUUCAUCGUGUUAUCAAAAAUAUCCCUGAAAGUUUUGGAUCAACCUCUGUGAAGAACACCAGAUUUCUGAACUCAAGUGUUGAGGCUCCUUAUAGUGAUCCAAGCUAUUUGAAUAAUCCUGGAGCUGGCACUUAUAGCAAAUCAAAGACUAAUAAGAAUGCUACUGUCAAGAAGAUAAAGCUCCCAGGAAUGAUCAAGGCUCAAGCUCAGAAAACAAGCCCAUUCCUUUCAACAGAUGUGAGGCCUUGAUUAGCAAAAGACCAAAAUGCAGGUGAAAAACCUGGCCCAGGAGCUUAUGAUCUCAGUUUCAGGGAACAGCUGAAGACUCUUGAUCAGAAGUACUCCCAGAGAUAUAAGAAAAAUCCUUUUGGGUCAAAUGAGAACAGGUUUGAGAAGAAGGUAAUCCAAGGAAAAAGAAACAAAAAUGAGCUCUCAAUAGAGGAGGAACAAGUGCCUCAGAACAGAAGCUUAGCAAGAGUUUACAUUGACCAAACUAUUGAUAAGAUAAAAUAAGGAUGAACAAAGGAGAACUACUUUUCAAUUUAAGUCUUCAUCAAAGAGAUUCAAAGACGAUCUCAUUACUAACAAGAAUGUGCCGAUAAUGGGGAUUCAACCCGUGAAGUAUAGAAACCAAGAACAAAUCUCCAAUAGAUCGUAUCACAAGAGUGACUCUGAAAUGCUGAGCAAUGAUUUAGAGAGCCGAGUUUUGUUAAAGAAUAUUUCACCUAGGUUUAAUUACACGAAGCAAGCUUUAAAAGGGAUGGAAGUGCCAGGUCCAGGAUCUUAUUCUAUGAGCAAAAAAUCUAUUCCAAAGCAUGUUGAUACUUCAGCAGCAUUCAGAGCAGCUGAUAGAAAUCAAGAUUCUAUUUUUGGUAAGAUAGUUAGUAAGGCUGGCUUUGGUCCUGGUCCAGGAAGCUAUGACAGCAAUGUAUCCACAAUUGUCAAGAAAACAUUUAAUGCAAAUUUGGUAAAGAAUGAAUAA